AUGAGAAAUAAUCUUGCGGUCUUAAAAAAACGUUCAAGUGUGAAGAAGGCAAAUAAAAUAAGAAACAAUCCUGCGGCCUUAAAAAAACAAUCAAGAGUGUACAAUCCUAAUGUAUUGGCCAAAAAGAUUACUGAUCGAAUUAGAUAUAUUGGCGGGAAAAUUCGUCAAGAAGGAGCAACUGUGUCUUAUUCAAAUAAAAUAACAUUUUAUGCUGAAUUGAAUAAAAUAGUCGACACAGCGAAAUCUAAUGAUUUGACUUUUUUAAAUGAUGAAGUUGAGAAGCUUAAAAGUGAGCUAGAACAAAGAAAGUGGCAGUAUGAAGAUGCUCUUAGAAGAAUUUAUGAUGCACAUCAAAACGCGAUGGGGGAUCAAUUAAAUGAACUUAAUGAUUUACGAGAUGAAAACAAUAAUUUACGAAUUGAAAAUAAUCGCUUGGAAAAUUGGAUUACAUUGUUAGAAACCGGUAUCUGGUAUUAG